AUGGAUCUCAAACAUGGAGGUGACUUGCUCUGCUAUCACUUGGAGAAGCUUGUCCCAAUCGCCAGAGCACCUGAAAAGCUUCAGAGCCCUCAGAUUCUUCUUUUUUCUCUUACAAAUCAGAGUAGCAGAGAAGCUUCAGAGCUUAGACUGAAACGACAAGUUGUCGGCAAGUGUGAACUCAGUAUGCUUCUAGCCACGACAACGACAUGCCGGCAGAUUGCAGAAGAUUCGCCGUCGGCCUCCAUCGGGCAGAUCGCAGCUGUUGAUUUAGGCUUGGAGCGAUGA